UGGGGGGGAAGAGACGAAUUGCGAUGGUGCAUGGAGGGGAGAAGAGUUGGAUUUUACGGAUUUGACAGAAUGCGAUCAAUGAGAAUGCGACGGUUUAUCAACUACUCACCUGGUUUCUCGUACUCUUCUUCGAGACAAAAAUCAAUAGAGGAGAGGCGAAGGUUUCCCCUGGAACAAAGACUUAAACAACACAUUGUUGGGCAGGAAGGACCGAUCCCUAUUGUGGCAGCAGCAAUUAGGCGUAAAGAAAACGGAUGGGCUGAUGAUGAGCAUCCUCUGGUAUUUUUGUUCCUGGGCUCCUCAGGGAUUGGCAAGACUGAACUAGCCAAACAGUUGGCCCAUUAUAUACACAAAGACGAGGCUGACGCCUUUAUAAGACUAGAUAUGUCGGAAUACCAGGAGAAACAUGAGGUAGCCAAGAUGAUUGGAGCCCCAUCUGGGUAUGUAAGAUUUGAUGGCGGAGGUCAGCUGACCAAGAGACUGAGAAAAUGUCCCGAUGCUGUUGUUCUGUUUGACAAAGUUGACAAAGCUCAUCCUGAUGUUCUCACUGUAUUGCUUAAAUUGUUUGAUGAGGGUAGGUUGACAGAUGGAAUGGGAAGAACAAUAAUUGAGUGCAAGAACGCCAUAUUUGUAAUGACAUCAAACCUUGCGAGUGAUGAGAUUGCAGAACAUGCAUUGCAGUUACGGCGGGAAGCUCAGGACCUCAUGAAUCAGAGAUUGGAGGGAAAGUUUGAUGAAGAAACCUCUUCAAACAUAACUAUUUCUCGUCACUUCAAAGACAAAGUGGUUAGACCAAUUUUGAAGAAACAUUUUGGCAGAGACGAAUUUCUCGGAAGAAUCAACGAAAUUGUUUACUUUCUUCCUUUUUCAAAUGCUGAACUUAACAAGUUGGUUUCAAAAGAGUUGUGCACUUGGGCGAAAAAGGCGCAAGAGAAACACAUGAUUUCUCUAGAGUGGGCGAGGAGAGUAGAAAGUGUGUUAGCGGAAGGGUACGAUGUUCACUAUGGAGCUCGAAGCAUCAAGUACGAAGUAGAGAGACAAGUAGUGAGUCGGCUGGCGGCCGCUCAUGAGAAAGGAACCAUUGACAAAGGAUCUUCAGUGUUCGUUACCACCCACCAGCAAGACAGAGAUAGCAAACCUCUUUUGAGGUUUCGAGUGAAGAGAAAAUGUGACAAAGUGUUCACCGACUAUGACGAACAUUUCUUAUCAUAGAUUACAUCUACCAAUAAAACUACGGUAACUUGGUAGGAUUACGUUGUUACAUUUUUCAUUUGAUUUUUUUUGUCAGAAAGGUUGUUAUUUUUAAAUGUUUUGAAUUUAAAUAUUUUAUAUAAUUUAAUAGCCAGUUAUGAAGUUACUAGCAUUUAUUAAAAA